AUGCGUUAUCCAUCGGGCACUGUCGGUGAAGCAGUCGAGGAAACAAGGACGGUUCCAACACCAGCCAUGGAUCACGGCGGACGCUACCCAGGCGGCUUCCCAGAGUCCUUCCAACGUACGUUCCCGGCACAGGAAGAAGACGACGCAAUGUCCGAUGGUAGCACCGACAUGACGCCUCCAUAUGAUCCUGCUUCGAGCGCGUUUUACGCCCAAGAUAUCGCGUUGGAGAGACAGCAUAGUCCCACUCCACCUCGCCACUUCUCACGAAGUAACGUCAUGCGCUUGGAAAACAUCCUCAACGACGUCUCUAUCGAUUAUGACUCAAGGACCGGUUCAAGGAGCCUCUGCACAUCCCCCACUCGCACCGAAAUCGAUGACCUCGUAUCGGAGGCCGCCCCAUCUAGGAGCGAAUCGCCAGUCGAGACCACAGUCAAGAAGAAAAAGGUCAAGAUGCACAAGUGCCCCGAGUGCCACAAAGAUUUCCCCAGACCGAGCGGACUGCGGACUCACAUGAACAUGCACACCAAAGAAAAGCCAUUUGCCUGCACAUUUCCGGGCUGCACGCGUACCUUCUCCGUCGUCUCCAACGCAAAGCGGCACAUGCGCACGCAUGGCCUCGGGGUGCCGGCCGACGAUGGCGUGAGCGAUCCGUCAUCCUCGGUGCCGUAUGUCGUCGGCUUCGAGGCGCCGGUCGUUAUCGCGCCGACGGAGGUCGCGGGUACAUCGCAGGGCGCACGGGAGCCGAUGAAGCUGAGAUGGGUCUCUCUGGCGCGCUCGUCGCAGUCGCAUGGCACCCAAGCGCCGGCUGUCGGGGCUCCGGAUGCAGUGGGUGUCCGAAGAAGGGAAGCCAACCCUCACGCCGAUGCGCGGGACCCUGAAGGGUUCCGCGAAAGGAGGAGAAGCGGGAGCUAUGAGUCGCUGUGA